AUGUCGGAUUUGCUUGCUCAUGGCGGAUCUGAGCGUGUCGAGAUUGCGGGUGGCGGUCAACGUCAAGAAUGCACUAUGCAGGACGAAAUGGGCGCGGUGGAGCGUGUUUUCCUCAAACUGCCGGACCCGCGCCUGGUCGCCCUGGCAACAAAUCACGUGACUAUCCAAGGAUCUGCAAUCGAUGGGGCAGCGAGGAUCAGCCGAAUGCAUAUCGUUGGUGCCUAUGGGGUGCAUCUCUUUUUCGCUAGUGACGGUGGCUAG